AGAGUGAAUCUAUGUGAAUCAUGCAGUGAUGUUUGCUAGACUCUAAUUAACCAUGAAUUGAAACAAACUUCAACUUGUUCGUGUAAUAAAAUUCAUACAAAAAAACUAGUUGAAAAACAUAAAAUCACAUCACAAAAGCAAAUGAAGUGCACAAUGUGUUAAAAGUGUUAAAAAUGCGUUCCAUUCAUAUAGUGUCUUUGGCACUUAUAUUCCAUAUGUAUGUGGCAGAUGUGCUUCAAGAACCAACUCAACGUUGUCCAAGAAUGUGCAUUUGUAAUCUUUAUAUGGGACUUAACAUGGCUAACUGCAGUGGUGAACAUUUGAUCAGUGCCAAUAUAGAAAUGUCCUCUUCAGUUGAAUUUCUUGAUUUGACUAAUAAUGACAUCACAACAAUUGAAAAUAAUUGUUUCAAGGAUUUACGACAUCUGGAAUCCGUGCUAUUGAAUCAUAAUUCCAUAAGUUUUAUUGAAUUGGAUGCAUUUUCGCAAUUGACAAAAUUGAAAAAUGUCGAUUUGUCCCACAAUCGACUGGAAUCGUUUGAUAGUCGCAUUUUUGAGCAAAAUUUGUAUUUUACCAAAGUUGAUUUAUCCGGAAAUAAAUUCAUGCAUUUACCCAAUGCUCCGAUUUUAAGAAGCGCUUCAUUAGAGAUACUGGAUUUGCACAAUUCGCAAUUAACACAUUUGCACGUAAACUACUUUGGCGAGUUGCCAAACAUUAGGUAUAUGGAUUUAUCGGAGAACUUAUUAAUUGUUUUGAAUUUGGCUGCAUUCGCAAUCAAUAAUCGUCUUCGUGACGUUAAUCUAAAGAGAAAUCGAAUGAAAUGCGACGAACAAACCGAAAUGUCUAUCAUUUGGAUGGAACGAAACCAUGUUAGUGUUUCAAUUGAAAAUUGUCCAAAACAAGAUAUAAAAGAUGUUCCACCCUUGAAAUUUGAACGGAUGCAAAUGUUACCAAUGUCAAACAAUGUUACAAAUGAUUCGAUUAUUCCAGAAAAGACAACACCACCACCAGUGAAUUUGAAUAGCGUUUGGAAAAUUCGAAAUCAUAGUAAUCACAAUCUACCAAUACUGAAUGAAAAAUGCAAUACCAAUGAAACGACGGUGGUACAUGCAUGUCGCUUAUUUGAAAUAUGCGUAUCAAAUUUGACAAUGCUCAUCGAAGAAGUUGAAGUGAAAUUGCAUCACGCCGAUGAGCACAUGAAAGAGAACGGUGCUUCAGUGAAAUUAAAUCCUGCAUGGUAUGAUUUUGUUACAGUUCAAGUGGCUUUCUACGGUGGUCUAUUCACUGGAACAAUAUUUGGUACCAUCAUGUUAUUUACUUUAAAAUUGAUCUCGGACUGUGUGAUGGUUUCCGAUACGGACAAUGGAUCAAGAAGAAGAACAAGAAACCGUCAGACCAAUCAUACAUCUGAAUGUGAUGAAAUGACUCCAUGCCAUAAUUCAACAGCGGAAAGGCGAACAAUUUCGAACCGUCGAAGUGAUACGUCGAGAGAAACGAUCCAAUCAAAUGAUCAACGCUCGCGACAAUCAUCCACAUCAUUUUUUGCUAUUUUCUAUGAACGACCCGUACGGCACCGCUACUAUCGUCAAAUCAAUCGUAGUGCCACAAAUUUAGUUCGACGAUUAAGCCAAAGUCGACUUUUUCUAAAUUCAUCCAGAACCCAAAAUGGAACGCUACGCGGUGUUCAUACACAACGAAAUCGUCAAGAGGCAACACACAUAAACCGAGAAAAUUCCGAACCACAAAAUACGGCACACCGGAUUUCUGUCAGUGUUCAUUCUCUGAAUAUUUUGCAUGAUAACAGUCAACGUGAAAUUGAAAAUCGAACAAAUGCUAUUCGAAUAUGUUCAUCGGAAAGUGAUGUAUUUGGUAGUACGGAACGAAGCGAAACACCUCCGCCACCAUAUAACAUUGUUGCACAUACAUAACAUUUACACCGCUUUUAUUUUCAUCUAAAUUUGAAUAAGUAGAGUAUUUUUGUUUUUGAUUUUGAAUAAAAAUGAUGACAAACCAAAAACUACUUUGGAGGAGGUUCCAUGCAGUAUUAUCAAAAUGUUAUGUCAAACUUACCUUGAAGUGGACUUCCUUCCAAUGCUUUUAAAUAUAUGAAUUAUUUAGCAUGAAUAAAAGCACAAAAGUGAAAAUGUGUUUGUCAUUAACUUUUCAAU